CUGUGAAUCACUCAUCCAUAUGAUCAAAUCUGCUCCUGGGAAACUCCCUCUCCGUCUUUACACAGUGCAACCCUAAACAAUAAUCACUAAGCUUUAAAGCCUGUGGAUUUUGACAAAGAUAGUAGAUUUGUGGCACAUGGACCUUCAGUGGUCAAAACAAGAACACAAAGGUAAGUUCAUGUGGGCUUUUGUGUGGAAGUCUAUAUUUGUGAUUUUCUGUUCCAUGAUCAAAGUACGCUAAGGUUAUGCUACCUGUCAGGAGGGAGCUAAUGGGAAGGAAAAACCUGGCAUGUAAAAACUGAGCCACAGAGAAAUGUUUGCUUUCUGUAACUCUGCCUCUGUAAUACUGAGCUGAAUAAGGGAGGUCCUCAGACCUUGUCGAAAUGUGUUGGUCAAUGAUAAAGAUAGUCCUGUGUUCAGAAGCGGAAGAAGAGAAUAUUUUUAAGAUGCUUUUGUGACACACACACAAAAAGAGGCGCUUUUGGUUCUAAACUUAGCAGUGGCUAAAUAGAAGGUGGCUAAAUGUGAGAGGAAUAAAGUUUGAGAUUCUGAUAGAUUGAUUUUUACCUGAACUGAAGAGUCAAGAUUAACAUGAAUGCUCAAACCUCUCCAGCGUUGCUUGAGUGAUAUUACUUAUUAUAGAUUCACUUUUUCCUUCCCACACACACCCGCUGCUUGCCAGUUUCUAUUCUUGACAUUAACAAGCAUCUCUGAAUACUGGCUCAUAAUACUGAAUCUCCAGAAGCCUCAUCUGUUUUCCUAAGCAAGAAGAAUGCAUCAGAGUGCUUGUUUGAGGAGGUCAGACAACUUGAACUGGGGAGCAGGGCAUUAAAUCAAUGGAGCUUCACUGGAAUGGGGAAAAGUGUGUCUGAGCCACUUUUCUGAUUUUAUGCAGACAUAGAAAUUAGUGUGUCCUAGAUUCCUAGGGUAACGAAAAGGAAAAAUAGAUUGUGUGACACCAAAUACUUCUCCCCUCCCCACAUUUUCUAGCAUGAAUGUAAAAACUAAAUUGGCUAGAUGUGCAACUUGUGACCUCCCAAGUUGAAGGCAUCAUAUCAGCUAUGCAUGGCAGCCCACCAAGGUUUGAUGGUCCUCCGUGUUUAGCUGUAAAAACAGGAGCAGUAGAGUUUUUGGGCACAUGUCUGGCAAUGUGUGUCUGGAAUUAGGGGGGGAUCCCAAGUUGCAUAGGCUUGCAUCAGAAUGAAAGUGUCUCUCUCCUGCUUUCUGUUCCUGGUUAGUAGUAUUAAAUGGUUUGGCACCAUCAGGCACCCACACAUUCCUGUGGGGCCCACCACCAAGGCCUGGAUCCUGCAGGCUCUUUGUUGCUAUUGUUGCCUAUUCAUCUUUCCUCUCUGAGCCAUGAAAGCACCAUGGAUAUGAUGCAGCAGCUUCCAAUUGCCUUGCACUCCCACUCUGGGCAGUCGUGUAGACUUGGGCCCAGAGAGAGGCAGGGCAAAGAGAGCACAAAGAGAGGACAGUAGCCAAGGAGUAGACACUCAUGGGAAAAGGGGGUGAAGAAGCCAUCUUGCCCAAGGACUGCCCCCAAACCUGGAACAGCCACUACAUCGCCAUACAUGUACACACAGAAAAGAAGUGUUUUUAGCGUCAUGAGCAUAAAUGCCACCAGCGCUGGACUUGAGCUCAGGAAACUUUGGUCCAAAUCUUUGUUCAGCCAUUGACUUAGUAACUGAAUGUCAUUGGGCAAGAAAUUUAUCUUGCAUCAUUUGUACAUGAUGGGAAUGUGACUCAUGCAUGCACUUUACAUCCUCUGGACUUGUGAAUAUGCACUACCUCCAAACCAUUUUAGCGUGUGUGUUUGUGUGUGUGUUGAAAAUCAGAUUAUUUUACCGUCCGUAAGUGUAAUCCAUUACAAUGACCGCAAAGCCUGACCUUUUCUAACUUUAUAUAUUUGGAAACCAAAUCUAGAAAGCUUGAAACAGUUAACAGCCUCCUUGGAUCAAACCUUUAAAAAUGUAACACAUGUUCACCACUUUUAUUCCAUCUAUAUUGUGCCCUUCUUCCAGGGAGCUCCAAGACUGUUAUCUCCUCUCCCCUCCUAUUUUAUAAGGCAGUUUCAGCAAAUAGUGUUUAGGAUCACCCAGUGAGUUUCAUGGUCCUCUACAGACCAUUUACAUGUGGGCCCUUUGAAAUGUGCCUCACUCAGGCCAGAUCAUUACACUGAAUUCCUCCCUAUAUCUUUGCCUUAAAAGAAUAAUAAUAAAAAAGAUUCUGGGAUAGGGAAACAAAUCCAUUCUCUUAUUGUCACUUUCCAGUAAACUCGGAGGAUGGCCGUUCAGUGGAUCUAGGUCUGCGUGGUGAAAGUGAAGAGAGAGGUUUCUACACUGAGAUCUUCCACUCAAUGUCUUGGGUGUUCAGAGGGGAUGAUGCCAGUCCGGAUAACAGCCCCAGGUGUCUUAGCAAAAGGCCCAGACCCGUAGCAGGUAACACCUAUGGUUUUAUUUGUAUGUGCCUGGUUCCGUUCCUCAGAUCUACGAAUGUACAUUGUGUAUACCUUUCCCCCCCUUUUUUUUACAAAUUACCAGUUUAAACAGAGAGUUUCACCUGUAGCCAGUACUCUUUGCAAUUCAAAAUUUAAAAAAAUGCAUCUGCCUCUGAGGGAGGGAGGGGGAUUUUUCCAGCUAUAUUAGAAAAACACGACGUCAGGUGUUUUAUUUCUCUCUCUUUGUCUUGUUUUAGUUCGUGAACGAACUGUAAGAAUUGCUAAAGGAACAGGUGAUUACCCCUGGGGAUUCCGGAUCCAAUUCUCAAAGCCCAUCCUUGUAACUGAAGUGGACACCAGUAAGUGAUACCCACAAAGCUCAUUUUCCUUAUGAGUAGAUCCUAAGUGACUUGCAUGGCAGAGUGCUUAAAAAGAAGCUCAGAGCACCACUGAAUUUAUGAUGACAAAGAGCCUCGGGGCAAACCGCUAGCUGGCAGCUCAACAAGUCUCUUGUGUUCUUUUUAUUAUUGUUGCUAUGAAGUUGAUUUUCUCUGCAAUAUAGAUAGCGACAUAAAAGUAUCAUUCUGCAUUAUACCUGUACUUAAUUUUAUAGUCCUCCUGAAAAUGGAUUAGGGGUUGCUUUUGCGAAUGACGUUGGCUGUUAUACUGAAAAUGAUAAGAGGAGGAACAGAUGCCCAUUUAUGUGCCAUUUACUUAUUGAUAAAUGAUCUUCCCUGACUGACUUUUCAUUUAAUGAAACUAAAAGGGUCAGGCAUAGCCUGGGGCAAUUUCCCCUCCCAACCAUAUAUCUCUGCUAAGGAGAGGUGAUGAUCAUGACAAAAAAGGUCAGUGAUCCGUAUAAAGCAAGAAACUAUUUGGCAGUUAAAAAAUCAUACAGGCUUUUUCUUCUCUUUCUGAAUUUUUAACAAGAUCAGCUCCCUGCAUCUGACUUGCUCCUGUAAUAGCUAAAUAGGAUUCCUAUAUAGGCAGUGCUUUUCUUCUGGGAGGACGCAGGGGUACGCAUACCCCUAAACAUUUUGUGAAUAUAAGUUUGGCCUCAUUGAGGGACAGUAUUUCAAUAUGAGUAGGAAAAUGAGAGAACCCCUAAAGGUUUGUUUUUUUAAAAAAAAGCACUGCCUAUAGGAAUUAUUUAGGAUUAUAAGCAUGAGCCUACUACUUCACAGAUAUGUUCCUCUCCUUCCCCUCAUGUGACUGACUUUGCCAUUUCAUGCAAGCCUAGUGUACUAUGGCUUGUCUGUACCAUAGUUUUGCUCACCGGUGAAAUCUGUAAGCCACUGUUUGCAAUCCUAGCAUACAGAGAAACUAUGGUUUGAAGAAACUGUCACUUACCAGAUUCAGAUGAAGUGGCAAGUUGGUUUGCUACUAGAUCAGGAAUGGAAGUAUUCAGUUGCCACCCCCACCUGAGGGAAGAAGCUAGUGUUUGAGGAGCAUACUUUAGCAUUACAUCUGAAUGCUGUUAUAAUUUUGAGGGACCGUGCAGCCAAGAUGGAGAAGAUGCUAUGUUAGGGCCAACCCCUGGUUACAUAGGAGCCAACUCCAGUCUUCAGCUCCCCCAGUAAAAUAUUUGAGGUGCCCGCCCCUCUCACAGUUGAUGGGCAUUGACAUUCAAAUGGUGUGCACGCACUGCGUCAUGUGAUCAGUUAUGUGGGGCAGGCCUUACCUGGGCUCCCCCAAUAUUUUAUUCAAGUUGGCACCCCUGCCUGAUUAUGACAUUUAUCAUAAUUUUCCUGCUAUACUGGGACCAGACUUCCAUUUCUUCCUUAAGCCAAAUGUUUUCUAAAACAUUAUGUUUGGGUCUUGGGAAUGUCAGUGACUGAGGUGGAUUUUCAGAAGCCAUACACGAUUCAAGAGUAGAACACAGAGAAGCCUAAAGUAGUUACCAUGAAAACCAUUUUGGCUAUUUGCUUUCAUUUCCAAAUGGCAAGAGCCAAUAAUUCUGGAACAAAUUCUUACAAAAUGGCUUCUUCUCUCCAAAAUGAAGCAAAUAGAGAUCACAAAAAAUUGCAUCUGAAGUCCUUAAAUUGUUGAGCAUACUGGAAUAGCUUCAGAAAUCCCAUAUCACAUCUCUAGAGUUAUCAGUCUGUUGAAUAGCAGAAUGGUCAUAAUGUAUAAUUUAUCAUUUUGCUUUUUUAUGGAAAGAGCAGAAAUUCACAGUGGUCUUGUAUCUCUCAUUCCCUGUUAGCCUUCUGAUUUCCUUCCCCAUUGCUCUAAGACAGGACUCUGGGGUUUAUGUUGUAAGACACACUUAUUAAAUCACAAGGUACUAGUAAUGUUAAAAUUUUACUUAAGUUAAUCAAAGAGGACAUUUGUGUGCUUUUUUCUGGGGGGUGGGAAACAUGCUUACCUGGUACAUUAUGACAGUUUAAUUAUAUACUGAAAACGGAAGGUAAAAUGAUGGUUCUGGUACACAUCCUCGUAGGAUUCAAAUGCACCUACGUUGAACAUAUUUUCUGCUUAUGUAAGUUCUUGUCUAUUCCUAGCCUGACUUUAUAUAAGUCUUCCUAAAAAAGUAGUCCAUGCAGUUUUCAGCUGCCGAACAAUAACCCAAAGGAGGAUACCUUAGCACUUUCGGAUCAAGCGUGCUUUUCUAUCCUACCAGCAAUUGUUUUUCCUUCUAAGUGAAUUUAUGGCUUCCGUCCUUCUUUGCAAUAAUGAGGAAGGCACAGCUCAAGAGCAAGAAAAAUUCAGGCCUUUGACGCAGACUCUGCUCUGCUGUGUUUUGAUCUUAAAAUGCCUUUUCUUUGAAUGGAACAGUGGGUGGGUGGGAAUUCUUGCCUGUACUUCUGGUCUCUAUACCAACAUGGUAUCUAUUUCAGUUUGUGACAUAGUAUGAUCUCUUUGUUUUCACUUUUAAGGGAGGAAUUCAGCAUAGUGCUAUGGCAAUCGGUCCAAUAUUUUCAGUUUGUCAGGUAGAACAACACUCUCCCUCCAUGUUGGGGGAGGCUGUGGCCCCGCGCAUGUUUUUUUGAGGAGGCAUGACCAGGCACCCCUACAACAGGCUCUGCCAUCGGAGCCUGGCUUGCGCAUGGCUGUGGCAACUGUAGAGGAAGGCCACAGAGCAUGAGAAAGCUGCGGCUUCCUCGUGCCUGGCCACAGUUCCGUUCCCGGGUGCAUCCUGAGAGCUCUUUGUGAGGGGAGCCACCACAGGCUCCCUCCAUGCCCCGUGCCUCAAUAACCGUGCCUACGAUAACCAAGAAUAACUUGAGCAUAUUCCAGAUUUCCUCAACAUUGUGCCUUCCUGAUGUUUUGGACUACGGCUUCUAUCAGCCCCAGCCAGCAUGUGAAAGCUAAACUUUUCUAUGUUUGUCAAGUUGCCCCCCACAAAAAAAAAAAAAAUGGCUGGAAGGAAAACUGAUCCCCUGACCCCUUUAUGCGUGAAAGGUGAACUCCUCUUGGCAUAUUAUCAAAAUGUCCCAAAUAAGGGUCCUUUUCCCCUUCUGUUGCAGACAGCUCAGCAGAAGAAGCAGGCCUCCAGAUUGGAGAUAUUGUGAUGGCUGUCAAUGGAACGGACGUUAGCAGCAUGCCACACUCAGAAGCUGCAAAUUUGGCAAGAAAAGGUAAUGAUGCCAAUGCAGUUAACUGCUUUGCUGAGGUUUUUUUGGUCAGGUUUUUUGAACCAAGAUUUGACAGUUUUUACCAAGCAAAAACCAUAAACUUCGAUAGUGAAAAUAAAUAGGAGGCAGCCACUUUUUUUUGUUUUGUUACAGUGUUGUGUUAAUGACAGGACGCAGGUGGCGCUGUGGGUUAAAACACAGAGCCUAGGACUUGCCGAUCAGAAGGUCGGCGGUUCGAAUCCCCACGAUGGGGUAAGCUCCCAUUGCUCGGUCCCUGCUCCUGCCAACCUAGCAGUUCGAAAGCACGUCUGAAGAGCUGAUAAAUAGGUACCGCUCCGGCGGGAAGGUAAAUGGUGUUUCCGUGCGCUGCUCUGGUUCGCCACAAGCAGCUUAGUCAUGCUGGCCACAUGAACCAGAAGCUGUGUGCUGACUCCCUCGGCCAGUAAAGCGAGAUGAGCACUGCAACCCCAGAGUCGGCCACGACUGGACCUAAUGGUCAGGGGUCCCUUUACCUUUUACCUGUUAAUGACACAAUAUCAUAAUGUGGCAACAUUUCCAGGGGAGAAAGAGUGCGUGGCAGCAACAUUAUUGGGCAUUCUGCCGCUCAACUAUAGCUUCAUUUCAAACGUUAAAAAGGAAAUAAAAUAGAUACCAGCCCUUGGGCAACAUUUUUUAAAUAGAUUGUACAUAAUGUAGCAAUCCUGCCCCCAACUCUUGAAUCUCAAAUAAUUUUUGUGUUCUCCUAUGAAUGUCCAAGGAUUUUUACACACACACUUGCUCCUGCUUAAAAGUCUGUUGCAAGUAUGGACAGGGGACAAAUUAAAUUCAGUUUGCAUUUAAAAGAAAAAUUUCCAAAAUCACACUUUCCAAAACAAUACAUGAACCAAAACAUAGCCAUCUCUUGAAAUCCACACUCCUCGAAAUUUUGCAGCACAGUUUUUCAGCCAAGGAAUGUGUUCAAACAGGCAUAUAUUACUAAGGCACAGGGUUCAUGGAAACAGUGAAAAUAACUCAUGCACUAGAAUAGGGGAAAUUGUUUUGCAGAAAUGCAAAAUCGCAUACAAACAUAUGCAUAUUAGGAGAAAUUUGCACUAAAAUGCUGAUAAAUUUUCACGAGGCCUAAAAAAAAUAUCAAAAACUGAUGUGGAAAUAGGGAGAGAACUGAAGACUGGAAAAAUGAGAAGCACAAAAUUGACAGGUCUGCCUGUCACUAAUUGAAGGUGUAUGGGAGUAAUUUGUGCAACUAUUAAUCAGUUCCUUGGUUCAGAAACUAUUCAGUCCUUGCCUUGCCCAAUUUUGUCUAGUCACAUUUGACUAUAUAGAUUUUUAAAAACCACUUUCUAGGAACCUAAUAUCCUUCUGUUCGCCAAACUCACUACCAAAGAGCCAACACUAUUCAGGAGCUACAACCAGACUUUUAUCUCCAUGAGCUGGAGAGUGACAGGGUUGAUGAUGAAGGCAGAGCUUGACAUUUUUAUUCCUACUCACAUGUAGUAGGCUUUACAUAAGUUCAGAAGGCCCGAAAAGGGCUAUUGUGUUAUCCAAGAUGAAAAUGUUUCUGUUGAGAAAAUAACUGCUCUGAAAGAAACACACGUGAAGGAGCUUUGGUCAGGCUGUUCUCCUAACUGCAGGUGCAAAAUAAACUCUGGCCUAGGGAUUAUUUUCCUUCAUGAGCUCUUGCAAUAAUUGCAAGGGGAAAAGCAGGAGCAAAUUAAAGAGAGGCCAGAGAAAACAGAUUGACAUUUCUGAUGUAAGUGUGCUUGAAAGUGCCACAGAUUCAAUUUAAAAAAAGAAAAAGUAUCUUUCAAGAGAGAGCCUACCUAUGAAUUUUAUCACUCAGCUGCAUUGGAAAAGCUGACUUUGACAGUAAGGGCAAGUUACUUUGGACAUGCGGAGACUGAUGGAGCAAUAAGGUGACAGUGAUCCGAGAGGAAAGCCUUGGUUGGAUAAAAGACCCUCAUUUUCUCUUUGUGCCAGCUACUAAUAUUGUUAUCUGCUCAUAGUAUCACUUAAGUCUAGGCCAAAAUGUCAGGUGGAAAGAGCACAUUUAGCAAUAUUGCUUUUGGGUCCUAUGCCUCAAAGACAGAUGGGUCCUGACAGUGGCCUUCAAGACAUCAAUCUACUAUUUAUGUCUGGUGUUUCUUCAGAAGGAAAAUUCAUAGCUGGCUCAAUGAACACGUUAGACCUGUCUGUGUAUAAGAGAACCAACAUCCAGGUGCAACUAAUACGUUACUUGAUGAGGAGAGUGUCUUAUACAGGGGAAACAAAAUGCCACUUAAAUUAAUUUUGAAUUAUUUCCCUGGGAUAUAUUAAAACCAAACUGUACCCUUUAGUGCAUGUCAGUUAAUUCCACCACAUACUGAAUUCCACCAUGCUAUGAAUUUGACAGAGAUCAAUAAAGGUUUAAUAAUGAAAAAUGAUUUCACAAGUGACUGACAAAUUUACCUUGACACACAUACCAAAUUCAUUAAUUAUAGGUGUGCAAUGCACACACUUGCGUUGAGGAGAAUGGCAGUCAUUUACCACAUCUAUCUCUAUUUACUAAGGAGUGUUUUUUAAAAAAAUAUUAUCAGUCAGGAUGCCCCCUCGCCUCAACCAGGCCUUAGGCUGAUUAACAUCCAAACACCCUUGUGAAAACAGGGGGUUAUUGGUUAGUUUUCAUUUUAUUAUGUAUUUUGUGUUCUCGAUUUGUAUUUUGUAUUGGAUGAAAGGCUGUAUACAAAUUUAGUAAGUAAUAAUAAUAUAGAAGAGUUUUUCCCACCUCCCUGCUUCAUAGACUUGGUUUUAAUUUACCUUGUAAUAGACCACAAUAUAAUCAAAUAUUUCAGGUCCAGAUAUCUUGACAUUGUUGGUUGGCUCUGAUAUCAGUCGUUGUCCCAACACCCCUCGCCCGACAUGUCGAGGAUAUCUGCACAAACGAACCCAGUCAGGAAUCCUGAAGGGCUGGAGGAAGAGAUGGUUUGUGCUAAAGCACGAUGGCUGCCUCUACUAUUACAAACACAAAAAGGUAAGGCAUGUGUAUAAUUAUUUCGUUUGUCCAUUGAGGGAGCACGCUGGUAGUGGGUCUGUACAAAUUAAGUACAGUUGUACCUUGAAAAUCAAACGGAAUCUGUUCGGGAAGUCCGUUCGACUUCCAAAAAGUUCGGAAACCAAGGCACAGCUUCCUAUUGGUUUCCAAUUGUGCAGGCAUGCUGGAAACAAUAGCGGAAGUCGCGUCAGAUGUUCGGCUUCCCAAAAAACAUUCAAAAACCACAACACUCACUUCUGGUUUUCAAUUGUUCAGGAGCCGGAACGUUUGACUCCCAAGGUGUUCUGGAGCCGAGGUACGACUGUAGUGGGCAGGCCCUACCCAUAGCUGUCAACCUUCCCUUUUUUUGCGGGAAAUUCCCUUAUUUCAGCGUUGUUUCCCGCUGCUUCCCGCUGCUAUCCUGGAUUUUUUGAUAUCCCGUAGACUGUCCCUGGGACAGUUGAGGCUGCUGAUCCCUUGUUUUCAAAUCUGAAAGUUGACAGCUAUGGCCAUACCCUACUCUGUUUUUGAGAGCGCUCUCUUUCUCUCUCUUACACACACACACACACACACACACACAUACCAUGCAUUGGACUUCUGGGAGAUUGUAAUGUUAGUCUAUGUUUUUAGUUUGUUCCAGUUCACCAGACUCUGGAGCAAUCUGGUCCAGGCCAUACACAAAUGGCCUCAGGAGACUAGCUGCCGAGGCAGUUGGGGAUAUUUUGUCAUACCUAAUGUGUGUUUUGGUCACCAUCCUUUGUGCAAGAAGUACAUCUGGAACAAAUUGUCCUUGUCAGAGGUUGGGACAGAUCAGUUACAGAGGGCUUCCCCCUCCUUGCAUCCAUCCCUCUGUCUUGUCCCUGCCCACCCCCUUUUUCCUCUCCUCCCUGCCUUCUCUCCCUCUCAGCUCCCACCCCACACAUGAAAUAGGCCAAGGACCAUUUGAAGAAACCUUGAGGAUAGCAAGUUCCCUACCCCUGAUUAAAAGGCUCUAAUCUCAGAGGGUCCAAAUGAAUCCUAUCUUCAAAUAGAUACCAGAUGAAAAUGGAAGGGAAUCAUCCAAGUCUGAGGCCUGUUCCUCUUCCCUCUUGCAAUCUGAGGAAUAAAUUUAGAGUACACCCUUAUUUUAUUUUUAAUCUACUGGGUGAUUGUAUAAUUAGUGAUUGCUUUCCAAACUUGAUUUAAUUAAUCUUGGCUUAAAGCAACUUAUGUUUUGAAGACUGUCGCUAGGAGACACAUCUUAUUACAUAACUUCCCCACUAAAAUAAGCAGUAACUGUACAGGUAAUGUAGCAUAGACAUUUACAUUCAGUUGUUUUCUGAUUAUUUUCUUUAUUCAUAUAAAUAAUAAACUCAACAAUGUUAGAAAUUAGUUCACAUUUCGUGCUGAGAACCCAUCUUGUACUGAGUCCCUCAAAGAGCCAGUGUUAAUUUCAAACCAUAUCCAGCAGGUGGAGAACUUUGAUCAGAGAUCUUUUUGAAAGUACUGGGAAAAGUCAAUGUGUGGGUCCUCAAAUGAGAUUUUAUCAGACCUGAGCGCAUUUUAGCCUAAACCAUCUACUAUCAUGAAAUAAAGGGUCAGUGUAACUGGAAAGAGCUGAAGUGCAGUGGUAGAACAUCUGCUUUGUCAAUGGUCCAGCAUCUUCAGGUUGAGCUGGAAAAGAUUCUUGUCUGAAACCUUGGACAGCCAUUUGCAGAUGGACCAGUACUUUCACUCAGUAUAUGGCAGCUUCCUAUGUUCCUAAUUGAAGCUGGAUUCUUAAGAUAGACCCAAAAUAUGACCUCUUCUGUGUGUGAAUGGGUGUGCAUAUAUGUUUGACAACAUGAUUCCCCCCCCCUCUUUUUGCAUACAACGCUAAGUUGUUAACAGGGCGGUUGUGUGUCACUUAAUCUAAAUAGUAUGUUAAAUGUUAGGGGCUAACUUCUUCACUUAGUCCAGAAAAGAGGUCCUCAACAGGUGGGUCACGACCCACUUCUGGAUUACCACCUGACCUAAGGUGGGUCACAAUAACAGCCAGGAGUGUCAGCUUGGCCCCGCGACUGUGGGCACCCAGGGCCAUGGGUGCCAUGCAGCCUGCAUGGCCCUGGCACCAAAAUUUGUGGGCGCCCACCCCCUUCGUGGGGAAUUUUGUGGGUGCUCAGGGCCCCAGGGAGUUGGCAGCUGUGAUAACAGCAGUACCACCAGGCAAAUAUAUGGCAAGAAGUUAAUAAAAAGGUUGAGAACCCACCAUAUGGGAAACCUCUGCAGAGGAUUGCAGUGCCUGGAGACAGGCAGUCAGGUUGUUUAUCCACAGCAGUGACCAGAGGAGGGAUGACCGCUGGGAGGCUUGCAGAGAGAAGAAAUGCCAUGGUGCAUCCAGACACCUUCAUCUGCCCCACCUGCAAUGUCUCUCCCAUAUCAGUCUCUACAGCCACAGCAGGCGCUGUAACUCUCCAAUGGUUUGACUUCACCCCCCCAAGAUACAUGCUUCCAAUGUCUCCCAAGACAGACGGAUGCCAACACAACACACAGGUCCUGAGUUUGACAAGGUUGAAGUCAACCCCUCCAAAGAGUGUGAGAUAUGAUCCAUCACCUACGAAACAUCUGCUUUAUAUAUGUGGUAGUGCUUAAGGAAACUUGGCAGUUAAUCAUAGUCUCCCAAUAUGUACAGAUGAGGAACUGUGAUGAAUGCCUUCCAAACAAACUAAGAUUUGGAAUAAAACUUUACUCUGCUAAAAUACUCCAUUGCAUUCCCAUUCCUAACAUGCUUUUUUAUAUCCCCAUCAGUCAUUCAGCACUUUAUGAGUCAUCAUCAAUAGUCCUCACUGGUCAAUUUAGGGAGUCUACCCCCUUAAGUCCCCCUUCCCCAACAUUUAAUUUUACUGUUUACUAUUGGGUUCAAAUGGGUUAUUGAAUAUUUAUUUAUUUAUUUGAUAUAAGUUGUUUAUUUUAAAGUUAUUGUGACCUUUUAUAUUGGAUCAGAUUGUUACUAUUAACAUUUGAUGUUUUAUUAUUAUUUUAUGUGCGUUGGAAGCUGCCCAGAAUGGCUGGGGCAACCCAGCCAGAUGGGCACGGUAUAAAUAAAACAUUAUUAUUAUUAUUAUUACUUUUCUACAACCCAACCCUACUGAUACCUUCCCUCUUGUGUGAGGUGUGAUAUUUUGGUUACAUAAGCAAUGACACUCAUGUCUGAACAAUGGAAACGGAGGGGAUGAUAAGGCCUUUUUAUCAUUAAAAUGCUCAAUACUAACCAAUUUUUUGCUUAUAGAGAGAUUUGUUUGCAUUUGCAAGUGCUUAUUUAAGAUCUACAUAUGUGUUUUGACCCUUUUUUUAAUGAAAGAGGCUUAGGCUGUAGCUCCUGCUUCCUCUGCCUGCUGAAGGACCCACAGAUGUUGUAGAGACAGGAAGUGGAAGGAGCCGCAGCUCCCUAGAGAAGCACUGUUUACCACCAAGGAGAGGAUUGGGACAAGUCCCAACAUCCUCAGUAGGAAAAACGAUGCUAUCAGCAUCUAUUUCUGCUGGGGAGAAGGCCAUUCCAGUAGCUUCAUUUCCAACCAGGGAUGCUGGGACUCCAAGGCUCUUUUUUGUUGGUUAAGGUUGGUGUGCAAGGAAGUUGGAGCAUCUGCUAUCAACUUCAGUACUAACAGCUCCCCACUUCUCUUUGGGGGCACUUGGAAGGAAAGGCAUCAGCAGGAGUUCACAUCUGCAAGGUGACCCGAGUUUUGCUCACCUUGUAAAUGCAAGCAGUUGUUCAAACAGGGAUGCUCCCAUUUGCAAAUCCCCUCCCUUUAAAAAAAAAACCCCAAAAAACUCGUCACCUCUCUGUGCUAUUCUGAUUCUGAUGUCACACAAUAUGAGAAAGAAGCAGCAGAUGGAAGUCAUUUUAAAUUUCUUGUUUUAUAAGUCUUACAAUCGUUCACAUCAUUGGGAGCACAAAUGAUGUUAGUUAUAAGAAUUGUGUUGUUUCAUAUAUUGCUAUUGCCUGUCUGUCAAUUUAUUUUUGUCGUUUAGUCGUGUCCGACUCUUCGUGACCCCAUGGACCAGAGUACACCAGGCACUCCUGUCUUCCACUGCCUCCCGCAGUUUGGUCAAACUCAUGCUGGUAGCUUCGAGAACACUGUCCAACCAUCUUGUCCUCUGUCAUCCCCUUCUCCUUGUGCCCUCCAUCUUUCCCAACAUCAGGGUCUUUUCCAGGGAGUCUUCUCUUCUCAUGAGGUGGCCAAAGUAUUGGAGUCUCAGCUUCAGGAUCUGUCCUUCCAGUGAGCACUCAGGGCUGAUUUCCUUAAGAAUGGAUAGGUUUGAUCUUCUUGCAGUCCAUGGGACUCUCAAGAGUCUCCUCCAGCACCAUAAUUCAAAAGCAUCAAUUCUUUGGCGAUCAGCCUUCUUUAUGGUCCAGCUCUCACUUCCAUACAUCACUACUGGGAAAACCAUAGCUUUAACUAUACGGACCUUUGUUGGCAAGGUGAUGUCUCUGUUUUUUAAGAUGCUGUCUAGGUUUGUCAUUACUUUUCUCCCAAGAAGCAGGUGUCUUUUAAUUUCGUGGCUGCUGUCACCACCUGCAGUGAUCAUGGAGCCCAAGAAAGUAAAGUCUCUCACUGCCUCCAUUUCUUCCCCUUCUAUUUGCCAGGAGGUGAAGGGACCAGUGGCCAUGAUCUUCUUUUUUUUGAUGUUGAGCUUCAAACCAUAUGUCAAUUUAUAGUUUGUUUAUUUGAUUGUAUGUAUGUUAGUUGGUUGGUUGGUUGGUUGGCUGGCUGGUUUGCUUUCCAGGGAUAAAUGUAUCUAUUUUAUAAACAAUAAAGAUAUAUUUAAGAGAGAGAGAGAGAAAGGAGCAGCAGCAAAUAGUCGCGUUGCUCAAAACUGUAUAAGAUUUCUCCCCGGCUUACUGGCAGACAUUUCCUCCCAAAGGUAGAUGCAUAAAACUCUAAGAACCACACUCUGCAUUACAGUAGGUUCACAAGCUCAGUGCCUUCAGGAAGCCCCAAGGCAAAGAGCUUCUGCAACUGCGUAGCAAAGGACAGCAAGAAAGACAGGGAAAGACCGUGUACUUCCUCACCACAGCAGCGGGUCACUCAGGCAAUCUAGGUCAACAGAACCUAGUCUUAUAAACUAUUAAUAGAUGGCUUAGCCUGAUUAUCACCAGAGGGCGUUAGUUAUCUGAAGAUGUGUAUUGCCUGGGCUAUCUUAUUAUCUCAGUCUAUUCUUUUCUAAGCCAGGUAAACCUAAUCCCGCAAGUGUGGGUUGUGCGUACACAAGCAAGCUUCCCUUAUGUACAUACACGUACGCCACUUGCCAGAUUGACUUCCACAUGUCCAACUGGCUACUACAUACAUGGCUCCCCUGGCCAGAUGCCAGGGGAAUUAUUUUGUUUUGGGGAUCUUGCAUUCCACACCAAGUAGAUGUUGCCAGCCUUGGGAGAAGGAAAGGAAUCAAGGCUUGGAGAGGAAUUGUCCCAUCCCCUAAACUAAUAAUUGGUUGUGUAAGAGCUGAGAGCUUCCUAAGUAGCAGUUGUAAAGGAAUUGGCCAGUUUGGGCAACUAGCCGUCCAUAGGCUUUUUAAGCCAAUGAUGGGGAACCUGUGGCCUUCCAAAUAUCAUUGGACUCCAGCUCUGAGACCCUCCAAUUGCAAGGGAUGAUGAGAGUUGGAGAUCAACAACAUAUGGUGGGUCAAAGGUUCCACAUCUCUCUACUUUAAGCAUUAUUGCAUGGCCUGUUUUGGCCCAGGGGGACAAUAUAGGGUUGGAGACAAUUCAGAUACAUAAGCAUCAGUACAUCAUCUAAAUUGACACCCUGGAAAUCAGAUUGAAUAUGAAUAAUUUUGCUUUUGCAACAUAGAUGCCAAACUCAUCAUAACAAGUACAAGAUCGCUCUAUCUCUGCAUGGAGCCAGCACAGAUUCACUUUCUGGAACAGCUUUGCAAGUAAUGGCAGCUGAGAGAUACAAUAUAUUCACUGUGAUAAUUGUCAUAGCAUUAGCCAUAGUCCUUCUAAAACACUGGGUCACAAUUGACCAGCUUCAGAAAGCAUCCAGCACAGCCUGUACUCUGAGCAAUCUCUCUUGCCUGGAAGCCACCAGCCCAUUUCAGACAUAAUGCUAAGCCAUAGUUUAUGCUUAAAGGUAAAGAGACCCCUGACCAUUAGGUCCAGUCAUGACCGACUCUGGGGUUGCGACGCUCAUCUCGCUUUAUUGGCCGAGGGAGCCAGCGUACAGCUUCCAGGUCAUGUGGCCAGCAUGACUAAACCGCUUCUGGCAAACCAGAGCAACGCACGGAAACGCUGUUUACCUUCCCACCAGAGCGGUACCUAUUUAUCUACUUGCACUUUGACGUGCUUUCGAACUGCUAGGUUGGCAGGAGCAGGGUCUGAGCAACGGGAGCUCACCCCGUCGCGGAGAUUCGAACCACCAACCUUCUGAUCAGCAAGCCCUAGGCUCUGUGGUUUAACCCACAGUGCCACCUGCGUCCCUUAGUUUAUGCUUAGUUGUGAGAAAAUACAACCAUGAGCCUUUCCUUAUAUUAUUGCCUUCCUUCUCCCCUUCUGCUGUCCUUCACAUGCUUAGAAGGAGGGCAGGAACGGGACAAUGCUCUCCUUCCUGUGCUCUCCAUCAGUUGGUAUUCAGACGAAUACUGAUACUGAAGCCAUCAUAAAUACAUAAAUACAUACAUAAAUAAAUAGCCAUCGUGAGUAUAUGUCCUUACAGAAUCAUUGAAUCAAAGAUCUGUACAGUUGGAAGGAAUCAAGAAGUCUCAUCUAGUCCAACCCCCUGCAAUGCAGAUAUCAUUUGCCCUGUGUGAGACUCGAACCCAUGACCCUGAAAUUGGUCUCCUGCCCUACCAACUGAGCUAAAGUUGGACCAUAAAAAAUAAUUUUGGGUAUUAAUUUUCCCAUUCACAUUUCACCUGUUGUUGCCUCCACCCCCCUAUGAUUGAACCAAAUAACGGUUGCAAGGUGAAAAGAGAGGGGGGGAAAACAUCUUUAAAAUUAUCUUAAUUUCCAGCAUUGCAUCCAGAGCCCAGUUUAUAUAAAAUACGUUUUCAGCUCCCUGGGUCUGGGCCUUUCACAUUGUCUCACUCCCUGAUGGAACAUCCAAGCCCGUCUUCUUUCAAGCCCACGUAUUCACUGCUAAGUCUAAGUGGUUUAUAUAAAAGGCUUAACUAUAAAUAAAUUUAGGUCUGAGCUAUUCCUCCUAGAGGUACAAUGUGCAUUUGCUCUCCAUUCUAACAGAGAGCUUUAUCCUCCACAGGCAGAAAGUCGUCCCAUUCUUUAUAACCAGCCUGCAAUCUGAUUCCAUUUGCAGAGCCUCUGGUGAGGCCCAUUGUGAGUGGAUUGGUUUGCUAAUUAAACACUAUGGUUCUAUCUAGGCUCUAAUUCCACAAAAGCUUAUGUCACAAUAAAUCUGUUGGUCUUUUAAGGUGCCAUGACACUCCCUUGGGCAUGCUUUGUGUUUCCUCUUAUUAGUCACUGAUUAAUUUUCUUUGCAGAUGGAAAGAGCAAUCUACAGGUUGCAUGCUAGGGAGUUGCACGACCCUAGAUUGGAGUUCCACUCCUGUUUCCAGCACAAAGUGGACUACCCAGUCUAGGCCCCUGUGGGUUGGAAGCUCACUAUGUUGUGAGCCACUGAACUGAGGAAAUGGUUUGGAUACCACAAAGAAGUGAGGAGGGUAAUGGUAAAGGUAAAGGACCCCUGGAUGGUUAAGUCCAGUCAAAGGCGACUAUGGGGUGCGGCGCUCAACUCGCUUUCAGGCCGAGGGAGCCAAUGUUUGUCCACAGACAGCUUUCCGGGUCAUGUGGCCAGCAUGACCAAACCACUUCUGGCGAAACGGAACACCGUGAUGGAAGCCAGAGCACACAGAAACAUCAUUUACCUUCCCGCCACAGUGGUACCUAUUUAUCUACUUGCACUUUGACGAGCUUUCGAACUGCUAGGUUGGCAGCAGCUGGGACUGAGCAACGGGAGCUCACCCCAUUGCAGGGAUUCAAACCGCUGACCUUCUGAUCGGCAAGCCCAAGAGGCUCAGUGGUUUAGACCCAUGUCCCAUGUGGGGAGUGUAGAAGCAAUGUGACUCACACCCUCCCGAGACACAUCCCUCACCAACCCUGCCUUGCACCCUGCUUGAGUUUCUUUGCCCUGAACUCUAAUAAUGGCUCUGGAUGGAGGAUAGAAGGGGAAGUGUGGCUAUGGACGCAGGUGAAAUUUGUCUCUGGACAUGCCCACCAUUGACAUUUAGCCCCCUGGGAUGCUACCCAGAAGGGAAUGUGACUCUCAGGCUGAAAAAAGUCCCCCCACCCCUCAUCUACAGCAGAUGCACCACCUUGGGCCAAAGAUUGUGGGGGGCUCAGUGGCCCAGUGUGCAUGUGGUGGUGAAAGGAGGUGCAUCGUUGGUAGGAGGCCUUGCCCAGUGCCGUGCAACUUCAAUGUCCAUGGCUCCUCUUCUCUCACGCUCAGGAGCCUGCCUUUGAUGCUUCCCCAUGCUCAGCUUGGCUAAGGAAUAUUGAGGGGGGCUGGCAACACCACCGCCCCCUAGAGUUGGCACACCUGAUCUAUAAGAAGCUGUUGGGAGUGGUCAUUAGAAGAUUCACAACAUGGUGUCACCAGUGGGCUGAUGAUACCUAUCUCUAGUUCUCUGUUACAGCUGAAUUGGGUAUGCUGGGGCAAGUCCUAAGCUGGUGUCUAAACACGGUGGAGGGCUAGAUGACAGCCAAUAAGCCCAAUCUUUAGAUGAAAGUUCUGUGGGCGAGUGAUUCCUGGGUGUACAUGCCUCUUCUGGACUGGGUUGCAAUCUCUCUGAAAGAAUAGAUGCACAGUCUAGGGCAGCUCCUUGAACCAUCUUUGUCCGUGGUGACCUUAGUGGCUAAGAGUCCCAUAGCAUUGGCUGCUAUGCCAUUAUAGCUUCAGGGAAUCAUUCAUUGGUAACCUUGGGAUUGGACUAUUGUAAUGUGGCACCCUACAACUCCCAUCAUUCCUGACCAUGCUGUCUGGGGCUGAUGGGAGCUAGAGGCCCCCUCUAUGGUCCAAACAGUGUUAGUGAUUCUGCAUACAAAAUGGGGCAGUGGAUCUUAUUUGAGAUUAAUUAUGCCACACUAAAAGGAUCUGACCUUGUUUAUGUAGUCUUAGACAAGCAGCAAAAUGCUUAUGCUUCUCUCUAAUGGCUCAUUUGCAUUUUUGAAUAUUUUGCAACUCUUGUCUAUGGACUUCUUUUCUAGUAGCACAGCUGGACUGGGGGAGGCCUGGAAUGGAUCUGCAUUUCUGCUUUUUCUCUGGCCAGAUUCCUCCACCUCUGCCAUCACCACCACCAUAAUAUAUGCAGAGUUUACAACAGAUGGUGGAUGAGAGCAGACAAUAUAAUGUUGUAAUGACUCAGAUAUGAGAAAUCAUCAUGUCUCAAGUAAAGCAGACCUUGUGCUUUUUUUCUCCUUUUUUUUUACAGAGCACAGUCCUUUAUUUGGUGGGCUGUCCUGUCCAAUAUUAGGAAUCAUCAAAGGGGAGCUCGUACAGCAGACUAACAGAGUCUGUGACUGCAUAGCACCUGGUCAUAGUCUUUGUUGCCAUGCUGCGAUAUAGAUUUAAUUACAGUUAUUAUUUCUACAUUUAUAUCUAUAUCUAUAAAUUAGCAUGUGCUUCUUUUCUGCAGAUCGGUACCAUCUUUUAUUGUGUAUUUGUGAUGCAUUUCCUUAUUUUUUGCAAUACAAGCCCUUCGCUGAAAUUUAGGGAGGGCCUGCGUUGACAAAAUUUGUUUGCUCUUACGAUCAACAAUCUGGUGUGAAAAGUAGAUUGUGCCGAGACUGUUCCUGUUUCAGAUGGUAGGAUUGUCAGUGAUGCUUCACAACAGAAGUAAGAAAAAAUGAGUGUAGUAAGAAAAUAGUCCAGUAAACGCAGGGUUGAAACUGAGUCUAAGAGAUCUGGGGUAUAAGUUGGACGGACUCAUUGCAUAGGCUUAGCGAGCUAUUUCCUAUCAUCAGCCUGUUCCACUGGCUUGGUUCAGGUAUAGCACAAAGCCAUGGUUUGUUUGAACCUAAGACCGCCCACAAACUGUGGUUGACAAAUAUUGAUUCAGAAUUGCAAUUGGAACCUGGUUUGAAAAACCACCAUUUUACAAGCUGAUCUGCACACUAUUCUUUGCUGUUGUGCCUGAAUUCAAGCACCAUUGACCAACCACAGUUAAAGUCAUUACUGCGCUACAAGAGGCUGCUGUGCCGGGGAGAUGGAAAUGAACUUAUGAAGCUGAGCCUUGAGUAAAUGAGAAACAAAAGCUGACAAGUAGCUUAAGCUUGUUGUUUGUCUGCUGUGCACACGGAAGCUAAAACCAUGGAGUAGUAUGCUCCAGCGCAAGUAUGCUUAGCGCAAAUCAUGCGUUCCGUCUUGCAUUACAUCUGAACUCAUCCACAGUCUCUUUAGGGAGUGAUCUAAACUGGUGUUGGCAGUCAGCACAAAGGUUAGGGCACACAGCAUUCCCAUUGGGAAAUUCUGGGAGUGAGGUUGCAUCAGGAAACAAAAUGCAUAGUUCAUCAAGGGAGGAGCUUAAUAGAUCACACUUGCAAAGGAAAGUAUGACCUAAUUUUCACAGCAAUUGCUAUGUAAGUAUAUUAGGCAUGUAGCGAUCACAUGCUCUGAGAAGAGUCCUCUCAGAGUUAAAAGCAGAAGAGCGCAAAGGAAGUCUUUCCUUUUUUUAAAAAAAAAGAUAUUUAUUAAGAUUUUCAAAAUGUUACAAAACAAAAACAGAAAAAAGAAAAAAGUACAAAAAGAAAAAUGGCUAAAAACAACUCAAUCUUUCCAUUACUUAUUUUUCAUUAGCUUAUUUCCCGGACCUCCUCGCGCCUCCCUUUUUUGUAUUCCAGUUCAGUUUGUUGGUUCAGCAAAUCCUUACCCUCUUUGUUUAUCCUAAUCUUUAAUCUUAAAGUAUUGUAACGUUAAAUUUUUACCUAUUAAUAAUCCAUUUUUCAUAUUCCUUAUAGUAUUACAGCUGAAAACCACUUAAUUUCUAUCCAACAUCAUUCUAACAUUCAUUAAUUUUACAAUAUUUCUGUAGACAGUCCUUAAAUUUCUUCCAAUCUUCUUCCACCGACUCUUCUCCCUGGUCUCGGAUUCUGCCAGUCAUUUCCGCCGCAAAGGAAGUCUUUCCUUUUGCUGCAGGGUUUUACUUUUUCUGAAAUAUUGAAGUUGGUCAAAAUGAAAACCACAGCCGCUGGAAAUUUAGAGUAGGCUGUACAAUAGGAAGUGUUGGAGGGUCGGUUCAGUGCAAGCAUAGGGCUGGCCUAAGAUAUUUUGCUGCCUGAGGCAAAGGACCAGAUGGUGCAGUCCAUGUACGGAAGCCAACUUGACUGGAGGGUGAAUCAUACGUCGACAGGACAGUGUCCUUCGCCACACUUGAGGGCAGUAAGCUAGCUUGGGAGAAGCUCUGUCCUCCAACACUUUGUCGCCACUGCCCCUCUUCCCCUACUAUCUGCUACCUGAGGCAACUACCUCACUGUGCCUAAUGAUAGGGCCAACUCUCUGAAAGCCCAAAAUGAUUCCCCUAAAAAUAAACUAAGUCUAGCAUCAUAAGAGAAGAACAGGACUAGAAUGUGAUCCUCUUGUAAAACAUAUCCAAUGCAUGCAAGUAUUUUCUCUUUCUCUCACGUUCGGGGGAGGUUAAUGUAUAUAUUUCCUUCUAAGUAGAGCAAAAGGGAUUGGGACAGCUGCAGUGAAUCCCCUUGACUUUAAAGAGAAGGCAUGAUUAUCCUCAGGUUCCCUCCCAACUCUACAAUUCUAUGAUGCUAUGGAAUCAGCUUCUUUUGGGGAAAUCCCAUAGUACUUGGCUUUACUAUGCAAUCUUUGCUUUUUAGAUGAGAAGCAAUUUGUGGAAUUAAAGGGGAUGUUUAGCAAAAACACCACCACCAUGUCUCUUAAGCCCCCCACGGCUUUUCUCAAAAUCUUGUUUUCUUCUUCUUGUCUUCAUUACAGGAUGAAGGAAAGUGCCGACCAUUAGAAGUCACAAAGUUAGAAGGUGCUGAAAUUGGUGUGGACAGUACCCUGGGCAAACCCUUUGUAUUUAAGUGCAUUCCUCAGACUGGAAACAGGAUUUUUUACUUCUGUGCCACAUCAAACCAAGAGAUGAAGAGGUACACAAUCCACUCACUACAUUCCUUUCUAUGUUUUCUUUCUUCCUAGUUCUGCAAAAUGGAUUUGCUUAUUAAGGUCAAUUGCAUAAGCAGCAGGCAGUCUCUUACUGCAGGAGAGAAAACAUUUGCACUGAGAUUUAAUUAGGGUUACCACAUAUACAAUUCUCCCCUCCCCCAUCAGCAUUCUGUCAGUAACUUGCAUAAUAUGUUAUUUUAUUUUGCAUUCCUCUGGUUUUUUGUUGUUCUUUAGCAUAAUCAUUUAAGAGAAGCAGUCCUGGAUGGACCAAGCCAAAGGCCUCUCUGAUCCAGCAUUUUUCAUUUAUUUAUUGCAUUUAUAUCCAACCUUUCCUCCAUGGGGCUUGAUCUGAUAUACAUUUCAUCCUCACAACAAUUCUCUGAGGUAGAGGUUAGGCUGCGAGUAAGUGGCUGGCCCAAGGUCACCCAGCGGCCUUCAUGGCCAAGUGAAGAUUAGAACCCUGGUCCUCCCUGGUCCAACACUCUAACCACUUCACCACACUGGCUCCCUGCUUGUUUCCAACCAGUUUCCUGUGGGAAAUCCGCAAGCAGGGUAUGAGGUCAACAGCCUUCACUCACUGUGAUUUCCCCAGCAACUGUAUUCAGCCUGCUUUCAAGAUUUCCAUUUGCGCAUUCUCUGCAUAUUCUAUACAUACAUAAUUCCUUCUCCUACAAGGAGACACCAAUACUGUUUUGCAUAUAGGUGGCUAUGUGCAUAUUUGUCCUCCGAUAGCAGAAGAAAAGAAGUAUGGCAAUGGUGGAGAUGAAGAACAUUUGCAAAAUGUUUCUUCAUACCAGUAUGAGAAAUGCUGUGAGGAUGUUAGCACCUGUUUUUGUGAGGUACAGACUCCUCCAUGUGUUUGAAAUUGGCCCUGCCAAUUAUUUCCUCAUACAGGCCUGUGUAAGUGAGUAGCUAUCUACGAUUUUCCCUAAAGGGCCACAAGGCCCCCAUGCAGGAUGUUGCACUCAAGCAAACCUAUUCUCAUCUAUGGUUUUUUCCCCUCCAUAGGUGGCUGGAGGCCAUGGAGAAAGCUGUGCAUCCCGUUCAUCAGGUAACCUUGCCAGAGCCUUUGUUUUUGUUUGUGCAUGUCCAUUUCUAAUUUACAAACUUUACAUGCUGAGGGUGACCUUAAAUUGUGCAUAGACUCACCAAAGUCUACGAGAGAGUACUUGACAAGGGAUUAAGUCCCCCUUCUGGUCUCUCACAUAUGCCAAUCCUAGGGCACAUGCUGAGUGAGUACUUUAUCUUCAUGGCCCUCAGCUCUUGGCAGUCAUUCAUGGGGCAGGCAGAACCAGCUUCGAGUGUUCUGCAUGCUAUUUGCAAACCAACAGGUGAGCUGCUGUGUGAAGCUGCCUUCACUCUGAGAUCUCUCUGUAUUUGUUCUUUGUUAGCCAUAGCAACGGCUUUGCUAAGCCAUUCUUGAAAACAGAAACAUUAACUCUGGUAGGGUAUCCAGAUUUGCAACUCCAAGCAACCCUUAACAAACUAAAGGCCCAGAAUUCCUCAAUAGAAAGAAUAUGCUUAAGAAGGUCUAAAUCAGGGACAAGGAACCUCCAGCCCUCCAGAUGCAAUCCUCAUCAUCCCUAACCAUGAUGGUUCAACAUCAUCUGAAGAUGAUGGUCUAAAUGGUUAGACCCUGGUCUAAAUGCUGCCAAAAAUACUAUAUAUACAAGAAUAUUAAAGCAGUCAGAACUAUGCAGGAUGUAACAAUAAGUCAAACAUUGCUAAGACCAGGGGUGAAAGGUUUCUUCGGAUAAUGUGGUUUUAGACCAUUUCAGCCUUUUAGCAAUUUUCUACUGCUUGGGAAACCCAUUAUUUUUAUAGAUUACUACUUCACUGCUACGCUCUGGUUAAGACAUCAUUUUCUUUUCUUUUUCAUUUCCUUUCACAUGAACAGAUGCAAAUACAAUCACAUAACAGGUCUCAUUAGUAAUUUUUGCUUACAGUUUAUGGUUUCUCCCUUUUAGAAAAAUGUAACGGAAUAAGCGAAUGCUAAAUUACAAUCCUCUUUAGCCCGACAAGCCACCCAGAGGGUUGUUGUUGUUUUUUUUAGGCAAAAUAACAAGAACUCCCUUUUGCAACGGGCAGUGGUUUUCUUUAUUGCAAACUCAAUGGUGCCACACACUGAAGCGUUGGUGCUAUGUCAUCCUAAUGAGACUGAGAGUAAAGCAUCUAUUCCGCAUAUGUGCUGAGCAUCCUUUCAGUCCUCUCUUUGCACUUUGCCACCGUACAUCCCAGAAGGUUCACCGGCAAGGGAUGGCGGGGCAUGCACUUAACAGUAUUUCCUGAAGUUAGCUCAUCUCCUCCUCUGCAGGCUCAUCAAGGCUCCAGAGGAAAUAAUGCAAUUUAAAGGGAAAUAGAUCAUCAACAUUGUAUGGCUUCUCUCCAAGGACUUCAAAUGAGCAAAGACAUAGGCUGCUUACCAAUUUUGCUGAUAAACAAGCACAUUUGCUUUAGACCACCGAGGCUCAACUCUUGAGCUUCCAUCUGAUGUGAAAAUGAGGAGAAAUGUCCUGGUUUGCAGCUUGAUCCUUUUCACAUAGCCACGCAUUUGUUUGUACAUGAGACCAUGGCAACCUGAUUUAAUUCUCAAGAGUUUUGUUAUCAUUUUUAGGCCUGUUCUGCAUAACUAGGCAUGGAUAUAUGCACACCUUCCACUCUAGGUAGCAGCAGGGGAAUCUUUGAAAGAUGUCAGGAGAUAAACAAUCACAAUAGAUCAAGUGAUGGCCUUCAUUCAAGCUGUUCUCUAAGUUGUACAACCUUCCAAUUUCCUAUAAAUGUCAGUAGGAGCCGUUGUUCAGGAUCCUCUGCUGUGUGAGCAGACUUCCACUCAUGCAAAGGAUGUUACUUCUCCUCCUCCUCCUCCUCCUUUUCCUUGCAAACUGUCAGCCCUCUGGAGCAGAUUUCAGGUGUGAAGCAGACAAAAGCAGGAAGAAGUGCAAGCAGAAGGUCAUUCUUCUGGUUGAUGGGCACCAGUUGGAUUUUGUCCUCUGUUUUUCUAAGAAUCUUUAGAAUUGUUUGUUUGCACACUCUGCUUCAGACACUGUAUAAGCAACUAGUGAGCUAUUUAAUUUAUUAUCUGGACUGAGUAGAUUUUAUUAGCCUCAGGAACAAGUACCUCUAGCAAAGCAGUUGUCUGAGUAGUCCCAUCACAGACAAGAACCACAACUUAAUGUAAUGCUCCUCAACCCUAACUAGAGAUGUUUGCAGUUAUAUGCUGAGUUGUGUCAUGGCAAGGCAUUCUGAUAAGACUUCAUUAGGGACAACUCAAGAGUUUUGUGGCAAAUUCAAGACUAAAAAAAACUCAUUAAAGGCUAAGCUUCCACAGACUAGGGCAGGGGUGGGGCCUAUGUGGCCUUCCCGUUGUGGCAGAACCACAGCUACCAUCUUUCCUGACCAUUAGACAUGUUGGCUGGGGCUCAUGGUAACUGGAGUCCCACAAUAUAUGGACUGCUUGCAGGCUCCCCAUCUCUGAAUUGGAGUCUGUUCCAUCAGAUGCAGCAUAUGCAAUAUGUGAUCAUGUAUUGGUUUGUGCCACAAGAUACUUAAUAUGAUUUGCUACAGCCGACUAACAUGACCAUUCCAUCUGGAAGCUAACUUCAAAGCAAGCUUCAAGCUUUGCAAACACUAACAUCUGAAAACAGCUUCUAAUGUUAGAUUCCAACUGCAUGCCUUUCAGACCCAUAUAUUAAGAAGAAUGUCAGAUGAAUGUCAGUGUAAUUAAAGAAUGGGUUCAUUUCACUCCUUCAAGCAUGCAUUCUUUAUUCUCAUCCCCACCAGAUGUAUUUGGCCAGAUACGUUGCUUAGCAAACCGUCAUUUGACAUAUCACAUGCUACAUUUGAAGGCAUGAGACUUGAGAAAUGUGCUGAUUAAUGUGAUACCCAAAAUCACCGUGAAGCUAAUAACCAAAAUGAGAAAUGAGCAUUAAAAUGGGCACAGCAUGGAUUUAUAGAAUGCUGACAGCAGGAAAUCAGAAUUUAACAGGCCAGAGUAUGUGCCUUAUGAAUUGAAUUUCAUGAAUUUCACGAUACAGUGGUACCUCGAUACAGUGGUACCUCGAGUUAAGAACUUAAUUCGUUCUGGAGGUCCGUUCUUAACCUGAAACUGUUCUUAAACUGAGAUACCACUUUAGCUAAAUGGGGCCUCCCACUGCCACCGCACGAUUUCUGUUCUCAUCCUGAAGCAAAGUUCUUAACCUGAGGUACUAUUUCUGGGUUAGCGGAGUCUGUAACCUGAAGCAUCUGUAACUCGAGUUACCACUAUAUAGACUGGACAAAUUAUAAGCUGACAUCUUAACUUUCUAAAUUCUUGCAGCUUUAAAUAUACUUGGACAUAUUUGUGUACAUUGAGCUCAUUUAACAACAAUAAAAGUGGUCUCUUUACUAACUCCAAUGUGCAGAACCACGUCUGGGUAGAUGUCACCAUGCACAACACAAGCCUUCCACCACUUGCCAUCAAAAACCCGGAGUGCCUGGGACUUCUUCACCAAUUGGACAAGAACAAGGACAUGUGGGUUCAACACUACUGCAUUCUGAAAGAUGGCUGCUUGUAUUUUUAUGCCAGCAUACGCUCUACACAUGCCCUUGGUAGGUGGUCACCUUUCCUCCUCCUUUUUUGAAACCAAGUAGGUUUUCCUCCUAUACAUAAUACAAAAAUGCCAAUAAUGCAAAAAAGGAAGCUUCAGUGUGGUGUAACACUUAGUGGGUUGGACUAUGACCUGGGAGACCAGGGUUCAAAUCUCCACUCAGCCAUGAAGUCGAUGGGGUGACCUAUGCUUUGCUAGGUCUACUUUCAGUAUUCCUUUAUUACAUAGUUGGAGCUUUGGCCUGGCAUUCCAGGGGUCCUGAUUCUUACAGUGACUUUUCAAGAUACAGCCACUUUAUUUUGUUGUGACACUGUGCAUCCUCUGCAACACAGAAAUAUUUGAGAAAAUGUCAAUAAACAGCUGACGGGCAGAGCUAGAGCUCUUGGGAGUCGGUCAAGGAGCUGUAGUAGACCUGAUGUGAUCUGGAAAGCCUUGCUCAGGAAAAGCACCUGAUCUGUUAGGUCUAUGAAUGUGGGAACCUGUGACCCAUUUAGCCUCAUGUCGGCAGUGAUUUCCUCUGGGUCUCAAAAGAGACGACUUUCCCAGCCCUGAUUCCUGGGUUUCUUCUCUUUUUUUUGCCGGAGACUCUGGGGCCAUCUGUGUGCAUAGUGUGUCCUCUACCUUUUGCCUAUUGUCCCUCUUUCUUUUUCUAGGUGGGAUUUACCUGCAGGGAUACACUGUGAGUGAACAGGCCCUUGGUUCCAGGAGGUCCGUGAUUGAAGUGAAGCCACCUUCGGAGGAGUUUAAAACCUUCUACUUAUGUGCAGAAAGCGUGACCGAAAACAAACGGUAGAUGAUGUGCUCCUCUCUCCUCUGAAAUUGUUUCUCUAGCCCAUUUCUACCUGCCUUUCCACCACCUUUCCGUAGUUGUAGACAAUGAGUGAAGUAGAGAGUUUUGAGGCUUCUGAGUAAUUGUCUGGGUGGUUGACUACCUUUAAGUAGAACUGAAGUUUUCUAUGAACAAUUAUGAACAAAAAAGCUCUCUGUGUGUAUUGGAGAAUGGCGACUUUAAGGCCACAUAAGAGAGUAGAAGGAAAUGAGUUGUGCCUUCUUAAAAUCUUAAAAUCCUAAUGAGAUAUCCAUAGAUAUUCAAAGAUAUCCAUACAUGACAAUUUCAUCACAGUAACUGAGGAAACAGCGUCACUGUGGAAGUGAUCUAUGCUAAGGGGAAUGGUCCUUCAAACUUUCGAUGCAUCACAUAUAGGGAAGUAAGAAAGUAUCAUUUCCCAUCCCCUCCUGUAUUCAUCACAUACAGCAUGGUUUCUAUUCUACUAGAGUCAGUGGCGGAGCUUCAUGCUUCGGCACGGGGGGGGGGAGUGGAGAGCGGGGGGGCGGGGCUGGCGCACCACCCACAGGGGCAUGGCGCCCAGCGUGGGCGAAGGGCAGCCGCAAUGGCACCCCACCAGGAUCGCGCUGCUGGGGGCGGUACGCUCCCCCCGCACUCCUCUUCCUCUGCCAGUGACUAGAGUUUGUCUUCCACCAGAAACCUUUUCAAUGAAAUGGAGAGGGGAAUGAUGUAAUGAGAAUGUAAUUUAUGUGACAAAAUUAUGCAACUCACGUAAUUUACACAAUUAAUUACGUAAAGUGCAUUGUCAUUACGUUUUCCUCAGAAUUUCCCACAUCCUUAAUCACAGACCUACAGAAAGAGCAGGACCUAUCCUGUCUUGACUUAAGCCACAUUUUGUAUAUUACUUUCCAGGACUUGGUACAAUGCAGACAAUCCAGUUAUCUAUCACAUGUCAAAACAUUCAAACCACAAUCUCAGUCAGUUAGUUAUCCAUUUUAUUCUGAAUCCCACAAUGCUUUCCAUGCCAGUUUUAAGCCAAAGUAGAUCAAAGGAUAAGGAUUUGUAGGAGACAAUGUAGGAGUCUCCCCCCCCCAAAAAAACCCCCAUAAUUGUUGUGCUGAAAACUAGAGCUACUGUCCAUUCCUCCUAAAUAAUUAUUUUUACAAAAACUUUGCCACGCUUCCAGUCCCCGCUACUUUUGGCAGCGCACUUGCUGUGAUACGAUUGUUCAUCUGCCAUAUUGAUGCAAGCUCAAGCAGUCUUUAGCUUGCAGUUAUCCAAACACCAUUCAUUUAGUGACCAGCUCUGCCUAUUCCUUUCUUCCAGAUGGAUCACGGCACUGAAAGCCUCGGUCAGUAAGUGGUUGCCAUUAAACCAGGCCAUUCAAGACUUCAUGAACCGACCAUUGGAGGAGACCAAGAUGUGAAGGGGAAUCUAAUACAGCCUUCUGUACUGGGCUUCAGAAUAAGUGUGUACCUGCUACCAGCAAAUGAUAAUUUAGUAACAUUUGAUCAUCACAUCUCUCAUAACUUACAAGCUGCA